UGUUGGCCCCUUCUCUCUUGGGGCCAAUACAUAUAUCUGGCCAAGUAUUCAUGCCAUCAGUCAACUAACAUCAACUAUAGCACCUUAUAUCCCACUCUGUUACAAUGAGCAAUUGCCCGGGUUUAUACAUCAACAUUGGCAAAGAGGCCAGAGAUCUUCUUUACAAGGGUUAUGGCCAACACCCUCCAGUUCAUUUUCACCAACAAUUUAUCGACCUGAACUGUGACUUGAGUUGUGAUCUCUCCUGUCGAAUUGAAGAAAUCAUACCCGGUUUAGGAACGGCUUUCAAACUCAUUGCUCCUUACACUGGCAAAGUGGAACUGCAAUACUUACAUGACUAUGCUGCGAUUACAGCAGGCACCGGUGUAAUAGCAAAUGCUUUCAGAGGAUAUGACCCGUUGAUAAGCUUUUCCGGGGUGGUAGGAAGCACUCUUGUUUCUCUUGGCACCGAUAUAGUGUUCGACAUAUCAGCAAGAGCAUUUAACAGAAUUGAUGCCGGUCUAAGCCUCAGAUUCCCUGCCCUUGUAGCUUCCUUGAACCUAAAUGACAAGCUAGACACACUGAGAGCUUCAUGUUACCACACGGUGAAUCCCCUGACUCAAACUGCGGUCGCAGCUGAACUGAAACACAGCUUUUCGAUCAGUGACACGAGCAUCACCAUGGGAACGCAGCAGGCAAUAUUCACUUCUACAUUAGUGAAGGCUCGAGUAAGCACGAAAGGUAAAGUGAGUGCUCUUAUUCAGCAACAGUUCUUGCAAAAGCUCUGUUUGAGCAUUGCCGGAGAGGUGGACAUUAGCCGAAAUUCCUUAAGCUGGAUACCGAAGAUAGGACUGACUGUUGCACUGAGGCCAUAGAGUAGGGAAACGAAAGAGAACAGCACCCACUUGCUUCCAGCUCAGAACUGGCUAUAGUCAAAUACUUACAUCUACUUGCUUCCCUGCUAGUGCUACCUAUGGCGAGGCAAAUCAAGCAAUCCUCAGAGAUCUUUAUGAAUUUGUAUCAGAUUAACAAGUUAUAUACUGGGAAAUGAGAUUCUAUCA